AUGACAAGAUCUAUCAUAUUGACUGGUGCGCCUGCACCGAGCGACCUUCAGUGGGAUGAAUCUGCAUUGUCCAGCAUACCAAACGUCGAGGCCGGAGAAGUCAUGGGCAAGCCAGUAACACCAGAGAGCUCUCCCAAGUUCUCUGCCCAAUGGAGAGUAGUAUUGCCCAGGAAGUUGCCUGGCUAUCAUCAUCCGCAAAUUCUCCAUGAUGACGUGCUUCCGGCUGGUUCAAGCAAAGCUAUCUUUCUCACCACAGCGGAACUGACUGACCGACCACCUUCUCAGAAUGAAAGCGUGUUAACAAAUACCAAUCCAUCUACAGCCUCGAUGCACACGGCAGCAGAGACUCUCGAUGAUUUCUACGAUCAAUCUCUUGCCCUUCAAGGGGACCUUACCACUUCUCAGCUCUCUGAAUUUCAAAGCCAGAACACCAGUCUGAUGAGUCCCCAAUGGAGCGAAGAAAGGACCCAAGUAGCACAAUCCACUUCUGCUUCGAUCUUACACACCUCUCCAUCAUUUAUGAUAGCACCCCAACACCUCAAUGCCGUGAAAGACAUACCAUCUGCGGCGUACCUUCGAAGCAUCGAGCCUCAGACCAUGACUGUCAACCUUAUUGUUGGUGUUAUGGCCCUCCCAUCACCUCGGUCAGUCAUGGUGGGCCGUCGUUGGGGUCAGGAGCGGGAGAUGCAGCUACUAGAGAUGCUGGUGGGAGACGAGACCAGAGCCGGUUUCGAGAUCACUAUGUGGCUCUCAAAUAAGGCUAACACAACCGAAGGGUUGCUUCGUCCAAGUGCUCUCGAGAUACAGCUGCAAGGACUCAGGCCACGCGAUGUGGUUCUGCUACAGAACAUUGCUCUUUGUGCUUACCAGGGAAGAGUACAUGGGCAAAGUUUGAGGAGAGACGUCACAAAGGUGAACUUACUAUAUCGCAGAAAGCUUGAUGACACGGACCCAGGCGGAAAGUUUUCUUCAAGGGCAUUGGCCGAGUCGGAUGCCUCAGAUGCAGUCAUGGAGAAAGCAAAGAGGGUAAAGCGAUGGCUGACGGACUUUGUAAGCGAUGAGGUACCAGAGAACUCCCCUGACACCGCUUUUGUGGGACGAGCUCGUCUCCCUCCCGAUACACAAUAG